AUGGUGAGGCAAAUCUUGAGGCUCACGCGCAGCGACAGCUACAGCCCAACGAAAACCACUACCCCAUGCGGCCCGGGGAGAGCGUCGCCGGCGACAGCAGAGACGACGACGCCAGAGUGCCGCGCGCGAGGCAUUGCAAAGGCAGCCACGAGCCUGGGUAUCAUCUCGGCGAAGGAGGCGGACAUCGUCAUCAGAAAGCAUGUGAGCCCAAGGAUCGAGGCGUAUAAGGAUAUUGCAAGAACAGCCGUGUAG